AUGUCUCAAACCGACCCCAUAACACAGAUUAGCUCCUCGGAGCCUUACACAAUCUUUACAAUCCCACAAAAAGCUCUCAUUGUCACGAUUGUCUCGUUCGCGGCCACGCUUUCCGGCUUCGCAUCGAACAUCUACUUUCCCGCUCUUCCUCAGGUCGCCAACGACCUCUCAGUCACUACCAGCCUCGUAAACCUCACUGUGACAUGCUAUUUGAUAUUUCAAGGCCUGUCGCCCACUCUCUGGGGCUCCUUGUCCGAUACUAAAGGCCGCCGCAUUACCUACAUGUGCACUCUCGUCAUAUUUCUUGGAGCGUGUAUAGGGCUUGCAGAGACGCGAAGCUACGCGCAACUGUUGGUCCUUCGUUGUGUCCAAAGCACCGGGAGUGCAAGCACUAUUGCAUUGGGUGCAGGAGUCAUUGGGGACAUUACGAAAAGAGAAGAGAGAGGUGGAUAUAUGGGUAUCUUCCAAGGUGGACUUUUGAUGCCUGUCGCUAUCGGCCCGGUGAUUGGUGGUGUUUUGGCGGACAAAAUGGGUUGGAGAUCAGUAUUCUGGUUUCUGACGAUAUACGGCGGAGUCUGUGUCCUCGUCAUUGUGCUGAUCCUGCCUGAGACACUGAGGUCGAUGGUGGGAAACGGAUCGGAAGAACCAAAGAGAUAUGCACUGUCCCCUCUGGCACUCUAUCAGAGAAGGAAGCAUUUCAGGCAAAACAUUGCCAGGGCAGAAGAUGAGAAACCAGCGCCGAAACGAAUUGACUUUUUGGGUCCAGCAAAGAUCCUAUUGCAUAUAAAAACCUUUUGCGCGAUAUUCUACGUCGCUCUCCACUAUACAGUGUGGCAAAUGGUUCUCACCGCUGUUUCCACGCUCGUCCAACACAACUACAACACAUCAGAAAUCCAAGUUGGUCUAAUCUUCCUCGCCAAUGGCGCAGGAUCCAUUAUCGGAACCAUUCUGGUCGGCAGAUUCCUCGACUAUGACUAUAAGAGGAUUCUACGCAAAUAUGAUGGCGAUGAACAGCGCGUUCCGAUUGAAAAGGCCCGGCUGAGGACUGUCUGGAUCUGGAGUGCACUCGAAUGUGUCUCCGUGCUGGUUUUUGGGUGGACCGUCGACCAACGUGUCCACAUCUCUGUGCCCAUUAUCUGCUUUUUUGUCCUCGGGUGGGCCGCCAUUUCACUCCAAAGUGUCAUCUCGACCUACCUUGUCGACAUCCAUCAUACCCAGAGUGCUUCCGCGACAGCUUCUCUAAACCUGGUCCGCUGUUUGUUGGGAGCGGGUGGAACUGCUGUAAUUGGGCCUCUGGUCAACAGUAUUCAUGUUGGAUGGACUUUUACGUUAUUGACUGGUGUCUUGCUGAUACUGGGAGGCCUUGUCCUGUUCCAAAUCAUGUUUGGCAAAGCCUGGAAGCCGAAACUUGAGCAGAAUACACCGGCUGAGAUGGAAGACCAGAGGCGUGUCUAG